UUCCCUCAAACCAAAAACCUCAAUUAUAAUCGUUGAUGAUAACACUCUUACACUUUUCUCUUGGACCGUAUUCUAGAUUUACAGUUUCGAUAAAAAUCCCAAAUAAAUCUUAAAAGUUAGAUUUUCGAUCUUGUUUGCCUGAUUUUCGUCAUCGCUGCCGCAUUUUCAAGCACUUUCACAUCCUGAGACCUACAAUAUUAGGUUUCUUAUCUUGUUUAGCUAACUUUUGAUUGCAGUUUUCGCGUUUUCUAGCAAUGGAGAGAGUGAACAAUAUGGUGCCAGAAAAACCUGUGGUCAUCUUCAGCAAGAGUUCGUGCUGCAUGAGCCACGCGAUUAAAUCCCUCUUUUGUGAAUUCGGUGUUAAUCCUGUAGUGUAUGAACUUGAUGAAAUUCCAAGAGGUGACGAGAUUGAGCAGGCUUUGCUAGGAAAAGGUUGCAAUCCGGCGGUUCCAGCUGUGUUCAUAGGCGGCGAAUUUGUUGGCGGAGCUAAUGAGAUAAUGAGUCUCCAUCUCCAAGAUCCUUAAGGCCAAUGCUUGAAAGGGCUGGUGCCUUGUGGGCUUGAUCAAAACCAGAGAGAGAGAGAGUUGCAGUUUAUCUAACAAUUAGUUUUUGACAUGUGCGUUGCACAAAUUUUGUAUUUAUUGUAUUUUUAUUAAUGUCAAUUGUAGAUUUUUUAAAA